GACCGACUGAAAAAAUCAAAAGUUCAUGUGACUUAUUGUGCUGCUUAAAGUGUCAUGUCAGUCCCUCCCCAGCCAAAGCCUCCCAUGUUGACGCCCCUUCAGAGAACUGCAGAAGAAAGUUUGAUGUCGUAAACUGCCGCGUCUGUGCAUACGCGGAACAGCGUGACGAAUGAGAAAGAACCGAUUCUUUUGCAUUGACAGAACUGAAAGAAAAUAUCGUUCUCCAAACAGGACCGUCUGGGUACUUUAAGAGCAAUCUGGAUAUCUGAUCUAUAACGUUUUGCUACAAGGAAACUACAGUUUUAAAAAGUGGAUGUCCUAAACGGGUUGACUUCAGGUACUUAAAGUUUAAGGAGAUCUGUUGGAGGUCAGUCAUGGCUCUCCGCUGGCAGGACCCAAGGGAUCUGCUGGAUCUAAAUUUUGCCAAUUCUUCUGGUUUCCUGGACGGCUGCUUCAGCACCAACCAGAGCACCGUCCUCUCUGGACUCAACUUUGGAGGAAUUCCACUCGUCCUGCUGCUUGACUUCUGUGUUUUUAUUGUGUUGCUGGUUCUCUUUUCCAUAAUCCGGGAAAAAUUCUGGGACUAUGGUCGUUUAGCGUUGGUUUCAGACAGUGAUGGUUUUAAUGAAUCAACACAUCGUCGCUAUGGACGUAUGUCAUCUGCAGCUUCUAACACAGAGGACUUUGGAUAUGAGUCGGGCUUCUGCUCCUGGCUGCCAUAUAUCGUCAGAAUGGAUGAAGAAAAGAUCAAGGAGAAAUGUGGCAUAGACGCCGUCCACUAUCUGUCCUUCCAGCGUCAUCUGAUCAUCCUGCUCGUGGUUAUUACCGUCACCUCCCUCGCAAUCAUAAUGCCUGUUAAUAUGUCUGGAGACCUGCUGAAAAACGACCCCCAAAAUUUUGGAAGGACGACUAUCGGGAAUCUUAAAACUGGAAACAACUUGUUAUGGCUGCACACGGUGUUUGCGGUCAUCUACCUGGCCCUGACGGUGGUGAUGCUGAGAGUCCACACAUCCCAAAUGAAAGGCCUUCGCAAGGAAACAGCCAGGAACACCUUGUUUGUGAGUCCAGUUCCUAAAACGGCAACAGAGGAGGACGUGAAAGCUCACUUUGUAGAAGCGUAUCCCACUUGUGAAGUAUGUGCUGUAACUUUGGGCUAUGAUGUGGCCCGACUCAUGCACCUUGAUAAGGAAAGGUUGCGAGCUGGAAAAAACCUCCGGUACUACGAACGCGUCUUGGAUAAAACGGGUCAGCGGGAGCUGAUCAACCCUCGCUUAUGUGGCCACAUAUGUUGCUGCUCCGGCUGUGUGAAGGUUGACGCAAUUGAGUAUUACUGCGGCAAAGAAAAGUUCCUGCUGGAAGAAGUGAGACAGGAGGCUGAAAUCGUACCGCAGCACACCUUAGGGAUCGCUUUUGUCACCUUGAAAAACGAGGCUAUGGCUAAGUACAUUCUGAAGGACUUCAACGCCAUCGAGUGCCGGGGGUCAACCUGCUGCGGGAGGGAGCCCCAACCCUCGUCCCAAAGCAGAGCUCUGAAAGUAAACAAGUGGCGUGUCAGCUUUGCACCACAUCCCAAAAGUGUAUACUGGGAAAACCUGUCAGUGCGAGGUUUUACCUGGGCUGUUCGCUAUGUUUUAAUAAAUCUACUCCUCUUCCUGCUGCUUACCUUCCUGACCACUCCCACCAUCAUUAUUAACACCUUCGACAAGUUCAACGUGACCAAACCCAUCUACUAUCUCAAUAGUCCCAUCAUUACUCAGUUCUUCCCAACUCUCCUUCUGUGGUCUUUCUCUGCAUUGCUGCCUACAAUAGUGUACUAUUCCACACUGGGAGAAGCCCACUGGAGCAGGUCCAGCGAACAGCUGAGUAUGAUGCGGAAACUGUACUUCUUCCUGCUCUUCAUGGUCCUGAUUCUUCCCUCACUGGGUCUCACCAGUCUGGCUGUGUUUUUCCGAUGGCUGUUUGAUAAAGAGUUUCUCAAUCUCGGGAAACUCCGAUUUGAGUGCGUGUUUUUACCUGAUCAAGGAGCCUUUUUUGUGAACUACGUGAUUGCAGCCGGCCUGGUUGGCUCUGGGAUGGAUUUGUUGCGGUUGCCCGGGUUACUACUUUACCUCAUCCGCAUGAUGCUCGCCCGCUCCGCCGCUGAGAGAAAAUAUGUGAAACAGAACCAGGCAUAUGAGUUUGAAUAUGGAGCCAUGUAUGGAUGGACUCUCUGUGUGUUUACUGUCAUCAUGGCCUAUAGCAUCAUAUGUCCUAUAAUUGUCCCCUUUGGUCUUCUAUACAUGUUGCUGAAGCACCUGGUGGACAGACACAACCUGUACUUUGCUUACCUGCCUACGCGCCUCGACCAUCAGGUUCACAUGGGAGCUGUGGAUCAAGCUCUGGCUGCACCCAUCAUCUGCCUGAUAUGGCUUUACUUCUUUUCUGUCCUCAGAGCAGGUUUCUGGACCUCCACCUCCUUGUUCACGUUGGUGGUCCUGUGUGUCACCGUUUUCAUCUGCGUUGGCUUCACCUGUUUCGGCCAUUUUAAGCACCUCAGCCCACAUAACUAUACGGUCAGUGCACAAGAUGAGGAUACAGUGGAGGGAGUGGAAGAAAACACUCGGGUUUACCUCCCCAGAGUUCUCAACCCAAAGUCCCCUGUCAGCACAUCACAGGACCCUAAACCACCACAGUGUUAUGGCUCCACAGAAGACAGCCCAGAAAAUGGUUAUAGUCCCGUGAGGAACAGCAGUGCUUAACUUCAAGGACUUCAACAUUUUGUUGAAUUGUUGAGUCGUGUUGCGCCGGAAUCCUGAUUUGAAGUUUCUUUUCUUCACAAUUAUGGAUACGUCAACUGAGACUGUCACUGUACUUUCUCGCAACAUCUGUUUAGUGUUGUUACUUGCUGCACGGAGAAAAAACGGUUUAUUUUGUUUUACCUUUUACUGAUAAUUAUAUUUUAUGUUCAAAUAUCAUGUAUUGCAUGCUAAUAGCUCAAACAGGAUAUGUUUAAUAUCUGCAAAGCACAGAUAUAUGGAAUAUAUGAUAUAUGAAGGUAUCCAGGAAACUGCCCUUGCAGUUUGGGUUUUGCACACUAUAAUCAAGCCAGCAGCACAGAACUGCUCAAGCACAGCUUGUUCUGUUCUACUAAGGCAUCCAGUUUACAUUUCUAACAAGUGCCUUUGAUGAAAACAAAGAUCUGCCAAGGGAAUAACUGAUAAAUGCACUUUGCUUUUUUGUAUUUGUUAAAUAAUCAAAACAAAAUAUGAAGAAAUGACUGGAUUUAUGACCCAAAUAAUUGUUUUGUUUUUUAGCCAUUAAUGGAAUUAAUGUUGGGGUCAAACAAUGAUAUGACAUUGAACAUUGUACUGUGGCUGAAGAAGUGUUUCAAAUAGGUCAACCUGUAUUUUUUAAAUGUUAUAAUGGUUUAUAAUUUUAUGUUUUUAAAGGAUCCAGUCUGAAACCUGGAUCUUUGUUUAUUUAGGUAUUGAUUCUUUUAAGCAAAACAGAAAUAUCAAGUGGGACUAACCUUUGUACAGAUUGAUGAAGAUGUCAAUUUACAGUUUUGAAUGCAAAGAAUAAAUCUAAUCCUACUUUUUAA